UGGCAUCAAGCACACUCACGGUCACACGUUCCUUCACUAAUUUUCGAUCAUGCAUUUACAACGGGUCGUAUUUUGACAGGCGGUGGUGCGCGCACGAAAGGCCUCCGUGAGUUGUCAUUUGAUCUAUUUUUGAUACUUUAUCUUCGGCACGGCAGACCACUAGGCCUUCGGAAAUUCUUGUGGGCCGACAGGGGAGAGUAGGGAGAAGACCGCAGAAAGCAAGGGGAGCAGAUGAGGUAGAAGGAGGAGGAGGAGGAGGAGGAGAGGGGAGGAGGAGGAGGAGUGGAGUUCCCGGGGAGGACGCAGGACCGAGCAGAUGCGUGACGCUGGGAGCGGGGGCUCGCUGGGUCCCGAGGCAAAGAUGAUGCACUUACACGGCUUACAACACUAGAUACACUCGCUAAAAUUACCUGGUGGAGUCCAGUGUGGGCAGCCUGGAGGAGGACCGCUUGUAAUAACACCGCCAGCACCGUGCCACCCAUAAUUUCGUUGAUUCUCGAGAUGUGUGUUUGUGUGACGGCACCCGCGUCGCACCCACCCGGCCCAUAUCCAAGAUGGCGGCGCGGCCCGUAUUGGCUGGCUUCAGCGCCUAGUUCUGCGAUUGGUCCACAGAUGGCGAUAGUGUUUUGAGUCUAGUCUCGCUCUCCCUCCCAGCCUUAUCGCGCUAAUAAUGAAGGUCCGACCAAGGCGAGCGCUUAUUGGUUCGCUGAGCUCCCUUACCUACUGAUUGGGCAGACUUGUUUACCGCUCGCGGUUCUCGUGCCUGGUGUCUAAUUCAGAAAAGGAUUCAUUUGCCAUCACAGGUAGUCGAGGCUGGUGUGUACACAGUUGUUACUAAGUAGUUACCACUGGGAAGAAUUAUGUGAACAAUGAGUUCAAAUUAUAUUGAUAGUAUUCUGCCAAAGUACCAGGCGGACUCCGCUGCUAACCUGGUCAACUACAAUUCUCAAGCCAGAAGUAUGUACCCCUACGUGAGUGUCACUUCACAUCAGCUGUCUGCCAACGCGCCCUCCAACAUGUCGCCCUUCAGCGCUAUGACGGCGACCACAGACGCCGAAAAGCAGUGUCGAUACUCCCAGACUGGGGCCACGGACAUGUCCCAAUAUGGUCUCAACCUGCAGAACUGUGCCACCACAAGCAACAUGGCACAGUACUUCCACCAGAACAACGCCACUAACCCUCUCAACUCCUGCAGUCAGCCUACAGCUCCCACACCUCACAUCCCGGACAUCCCACGGUACCCAUGGAUGUCAAUCACAGAAAACCAAUGGCGAGGUCUCACAGCCAAUUGGAACGGCCUGCCAUGGAGUCCAAAUGGCUGUCCACGACGACGCGGGCGACAGACCUACACACGCUUCCAGACGUUGGAGCUCGAGAAGGAAUUCCACUUCAAUCACUACCUUACCCGCCGACGAAGGAUAGAGAUCGCCCACGCCCUUUGCUUGACCGAGAGACAGGUAAAAAUCUGGUUCCAAAACCGGCGUAUGAAGCUGAAGAAGGAGCUGCGGGCGGUGAAGGAGAUCAACGAGCAGGUGCGCCGGGAGCGAGAGGAGCAGGAGAAGUUAAAGCAACAGCAAGACGACAAGAAGACCAACAAGGACCAGCCGUCGGCGGGCAACACCCCCGCCGGAGCAGCCACCAACGCUUCCUCCUCGUCCUCUUCCACCUCCUCCGCGUCGGCGGGAGGAGGGGCAGGGGAUACCAAAGCUGCGACUUAACGUUAUGGUGAUUUCUCCCCAGAUGGGCGUGCCUAUUUAAACAGAAAUUUCCACUUCACGCCCACACAAUCCAAUGACAUGCACGCCCAGCAACUCCCUCUCACGUCCACCUCUCCAGAAGAUGUUGCACUCUCCCUCACCCCGACCCUCAGCACCGCCAUGGACCUGGAGAUGUAUAACUCGAUAUUAAACUAAGAAUUAAAGUUUUUUAGAAAAAAAGUGCAAUAUUGGUGAUAGAAAUUUUUGAUAGUGAUGAUUUUUAAGCCAAAAAAUUGAUAAGUUCUCGAUGAUGAUUGAAAGAAAAAAGGCUGGAAAUGAUGUCGAAGGCGGACGGUUGCGUCGAGAUUUCUGAAUCAAACUUGAACCUCGUCCUCGCAACCCGACGCCUCGCGCCUCCGGGUUCCAGCCUGCAACUGAAGCUCCAAAGGCAAAGCCGUUUGAGGUGCGGGGUCUGGAAGUGACAAGGAAACUUCUGGAGCUCGACAACUAUGUGUUCUUCAUUUGUGAGGCACACGUGUGCUCUUUGGACGACGAGGCCACACCUCCAGCAACUACUUCUUCAAAUAGUGAACAAAAGAAUAAAGAUUACAGAGACAGCAAUUCCAAAAUAUAACAAAUAGCCACCAAAUUCUGAAUGCAAAAGCAAAGGAACAAGCAGUAAUAUCCAGAUAGUCUAUCACACACAUUUGCUUCGGGAGCUUCCUGUGUGUGACCUCUGAACUCACACCGGGGCCCCGAGGCAAUGCAUGACCUAAGGACAUUUCUCCUACUCGUGAACUUGACCUCUGAAAGUAAAACCAAGUAACUUCAUGGUUCAUUUAUAUAUCAACACCACGCGGGUUAUCUUUCCAAAACGCCCUGUCGACUUACAAGGCUCAUGGAGAUAGUGACAAGCCAGGAGGAUUCCUUUCAAAUGACAUGCCACAAGUGCCCCCGGUCGGGUAUUGUCCUCUGCCACACCAGCCUGUCUUGUAAGUCCACAGCGUGUAUAAUAAAAGUCUCUCGAUUUGGUUAGACACUUGAGAUGGUUCUUUCUUGUGUAUUUGAUUUUUUUGCCUAGUAAUAUGAUGAUUAUAUUAUGAAAAUAACAAUGAUAAGUAAAAAACCCAGAAUUUUCAUUAGUCACUCAAACCAUCUUGAGUAGCCAAGCCAAGGAGAGAGGAAGAAGGGAAACAUAUAUAUGAUACUCAUUGAAAUGGAUCCACACGGUUUAUGUGUCCGGACGAUAAAAUGACUCUUGAUAGCCCAACUAGAUUGUUAUAAGUUAAUAGUGUUGUACAUGACAGGAUGCCAGUGACCAGAUAAUAGCAGAUGAUUAGCUAAUCAAUGGUUCCUAUUCCCGAUGUUUGUGAAAAGAAGAGAAAUUGAUACUUCCUCAUUAUUUUGUACAUUUCGUGUUAAUUAUUAAUGUUGUUUUCUUAUCGGCUUCUUUCGUGAAAUUAGAAGUUUUACCAAUGAUUCCAGCUUUAAGUUCAAUUAAAAAAAAAGAGGAAAAAAGGCGCAGAUUGGAACUGUUUGACUGAUUGGAAUGCGGUAGUUCAGUGACUGAGAAUUGUUACAUUGUAAAUGGAUUAUAUUUAUUUGUAUUAAUUGUUAUGUUUGACGUCGGAUUAUAGGGUUGAUCGCCAUGCUGGUGUACAUGCGUGGUGUGCACGGAAGGUAUACAUGUAAACCUUUUUUGUUGUAUGCAUGUUACCCCCAAAGAUGCCAUGGCUAAGUACAAAGAAGGAGAAUUUGUAUAUUGAAACUCUCUGUGCUUCAGUUCGUAUUGGAGUCCGUACACUUUGCUUCCUCUCUGCAAAAGAAUUAUGAAAGGGGAACGUCAUGCAAAUAUGUCUUAAAAAAAAAGAAUUCGAUUUUAAAGCUUUUUAAUUCACUUCAGAGAGUUUCAACUGGAACGACAACGCAUGUGGAGGCAUUAGUGCAAUAGCCGGUAUGCUAAAUUAGAGCUUUAAAGUUGAUAAAUGUAAUUUCUGGGAAACUGUGGAUGAAUAGGCUAAGAGAAGAAGCUCGAGGAGCCCAAUUUGGUCUCGAAUACCUCUCUCCUCCGAAUUAUUUUAACUGUAAUCAUCAGUGUGCAUAAUAACUAUACCUUAGGCCAAGGAGUGUGCAUAAUUAUUUGACCGAAAGGAGUAGCGAUACGUUGUGAGGUUAGGAAAGGCAGGCAAGGGAUGACUUUGUGAAGUCUUUUUGCUUACUGUCUUCACGUUUUUUUUUAUGUUGACCUAUUACCUUACGUCAGUCAUAGGGCCUGGGUCCUUUUGUAUAGUGUGUAAGUAGUUGACCUUAUUUGCCCUAGCUCUUUUGUGAUAUCAAAUAAACAAAAAGAAAAAAAAAAGAAAAAAAAAGUAAAUUAACAUGUUCGAGAAAGCCAGGGCAAUAACUUUGUUCAACCAAGUUGAUAUGGGAUAAGAUCUCAGAUGGUUAAACAGUGGACAUAAUUUCUUUGUAGACGUGUGAUCAUUUUCAUUGUUUAUGUUUACACUCGUUUGAAAAUUUAUCCUCAUUUAGGCUAAAAUGUUGAGUAUCUUUUGUUUUACCUUGUAUAUAUUCAUAAGCGUCUUUGAGGUAUGUCCAUCUGUUAUAGAAGUAGUUAGUAUUGUUAUGGGGAAGUAUGAAAUUAUGUUGAUAAUUUAAGUUAUUGAGUGGAUGUUGUAGUGAAGUUUGCCUUUUUGUCUGUCGUUUUCGUCACAAGAUAAAGACCACAGGAUCACGCUACUACGCCUCAACUCUCGAUUAUGAAUGUCACUUUAUCAUUCAGUUUUCAUUUUCUUUGUGGAAAGUAGAAGAUUUCUCAGGUGUUCGAUACAGAUCCGGUAAGCCGUCAGACGCUGAGACUUUGUGAAACAUUCGAUUCUGGUAGAUAUUUAAAGUGAGAGAGACAGAGAGACAAACAGAAGAGGAAGAAGAACAGGAAAGAGCAAUGGUUAUUGUUAUUUUUUACUUGUGAGAGAGGUCUGAAAAUCCGAAAUGUAAAGAAUGAAUCAGAGGUCGGUGAGAUCCAUCGCGGGAUCCUGCCACAUUCACUAUUUUUAUGAACUUUAUAGGGAAUCCAAGCCCAUUAAAACGGGUGCAUGUAUCCACUUGAUCCACUCCAUAUCCAACAAGGUCUGCAUGACCUUUUGGGGGAUCAGAAUACGUGUUAACAAUACCAGUGAGUGCCGCCUUUGCGACACAUUGAAUAUUCACCACAGGCGACAGUAAGCAGAUAUUUGGAGACGUUAGAGAAACCGUAUGAAAAACCGAGUAAAUAUCUCUAAGGGAUAAAGGUAAAGGUGUUUUAUCGAUGAAAAUAUUGAGGUUUUGUUUUUCCCAAAAAGGAAACCGUAUUACAACUCAAGUUUACACAUUUGUUGUUAAGCUGACUGCUAUUUCCAGAUGUAUUGUAGCAGUAGUCCGGCUCCUCUCAAAAUUGCAUGAAUAUCGAUUAAUUUGAAUUGUGUAUUAUUGUAUUCUUAAUGAUGACUUUUCAUAGUAACAGGUGAUGCAUCUGAAGGAGUUUUAUUUUUGGAUCAUUUGUAGAAAUACUGACAACGGGUGUAUUAUUUUCUGCUAACAGUUAUGUUGCAUCUUCAGGUAAACAAGUGACUGCUUUCAUGCAUAGGGUUUUCUGUUGCUAAUAUCACUGCAAUUACCACAACCCUGAUGGAUGAGUUGCUCCAAAUGAAACAUAUGGUUCGAAAGCUGGUAUGACUGGUGACAAAAAAACACGCAAAAAAAUCUGAAAAUCUAAAUCAUCUUAGAAAAAAAAAAAAAA